AUGACAGUCGGAGCGGGGAUUUCCGUGGUCAACGGGAACCUGAUGGUUCUGGGGACGAAGAUCCUGUCCUCCGUCCGCGAUAACGUCCUCCUGAGUCCCGCCGGAGAAGACGGGUCGAUAAACGGCGCUUUCAUCGGCGUCGGAUCGAAUCGCAGCGGUAGCCGACGUGUUUUCCCCAUUGGAAAGCUUCAGUAAGCGUUCUUCUUCUUCUUCUUCCUGAGCUCUUCUUUUUCUUCUUCCUAGGCUCUUCUUCUUCCUGAGCUCUUCUUUUUCUUCUUCUUCUUCCUGAGCUCUUCUUUUUCUUCUUCUUCUUCCUGAGCUCUUCUUUUUCUUCUUCUUCCUGAGCUCUUCUUUUUCUUCUUCUUCCUGAGCUCUUCUUUUUCUUCUUCUUCCUGGGCUCUUCUUCUUCUUCCUGAGCUCUUCUUUUUCUUCUUCUUCUUCCUGGGCUCUUCUUCUUCUUCCUGAACUCUUCUUUUUCUUCUUCUUCUUCCUGGGCUCUUCUUCUUCUUCUUUUUGAGCUCUACAUGGAAGGAUCGGCAGAAGCUGUGUGGGAUUGGUGAUCGUUUGCCAUGUUCCAGGGAACUACGCUUCAUGUGCGUCUUCCGAUUCAAGCUAUGGUGGAUGACGCAGAGGAUGGGGUCCUUCGGGAGAGACGUCCCUUUCGAGACCCAGUUCCUGAUAGUCGAGGGAAAGGGCACGUCGCUCUCCGACGAGGAUGGUGCAGACUGCAAGGAGCCAUCUGCCACCUACUGCGUCUUCCUGCCCAUCCUCGAGGGUAGCUUCCGAGCUGUUCUUCAGGGGAACGAAGACGAUGAGCUAGAGAUUUGCCUGGAAAGCGGUAUAACCCUGGUCAUGGAUAGGAUUCUUUUUGAAGAUCCGCCUCUGGGUCCUGAUGCUUCUGAAAAUAUGGCAGGUGAUCCGGCUGUCGACAGCUUUGAAGGGUCACAUUUGGUAUUUGUGGCAGCUGGAAAGGAUCCGUUCAACGUGAUCACGAAUGCAGUGAAGUAUGGAUAUUAGACUGUAGAAUCAUUAUUCAGUAUUAAAUUAACUUUUUCUUUUUAAAUGGAGUCGUCACCAAUCGUCUUCCACCCUCUGACAGAGCCCUGGAGAGGCACUUGCAGACGUUUACCCACCGAGAGAAGAAGAAGGUGAUCCUCACGCGGACUAUCUACUCGCUCUCUGCCACAUUUUUCUUUGGGCUGUGCGUAACUCUCAGCAAGACAUCUUCCGUCCAUGGCAGAUGCCAGACUUGAUAAACUGGUUCGGCUGGUGCACCUGGGAUGCUUUCUACACAGAGGUCACUGCUGAGGGAGUUCGCAAGGGCCUUCUGAGGUCUUCUCUUUGACCUCUAUCAAGUAUUUACCAAGACGAAACGUGUUACGAGGUCUCAUCUUUUGUUUUCAGCCUGAAGAAGGGAGGGAUUCCGCCAAGGUUUAUCAUAAUUGACGAUGGCUGGCAAUCGGUCGGCAUGGAUCCUACUGGCGUUGCCAUGGAAGUCGAUAACUCGGCCAAGUGAGCGGCUACUCAAAACGACUGACUCCCCCAGUUCCCCCUUCGCCGGAUAUUCAUUUCCUCUCUCUGUCUCUUUCUAUCUCCUCAGCUUCGCGAACAGGCUGACCCACAUCAAGGAGAAUCACAAGUUCCAGAAAAACGGGAGGGAGGGCCACCGGGAAGAAGACCCAGCUCUGGGUCUCGCCCACGUCGUCGCCGAACUGAAGGAGAGCCACGAUCUGAAGUAAGACCUCUUCAAUUCAGAGUUCCAAUGCAGGGGAUCUUGCGGCCAUUCAAGCCAUAGAUCUCGCAUCUUUCCUCUCUCUCUGCUGGGGGUUUACUCUUCGCUCCUCUGCAGACUCUUUCUCUCUCUCUCUCUACAGCCAUCUUUCCCUGUUCCUCGCAGGUAUGUCUACGUGUGGCAUGCGAUAACGGGGUACUGGGGAGGCGUGAGGCCCGGGGUGAGGGAGAUGGAGCCGUACGAGCCCAAAAUGGCGUAUCCCAUCUCCUCCCCGGGGGUUCGAUCCAACGAGGCCUGCGGUGCCCUAAACUGCAUGGCCGUCAACGGCCUCGGUCUGGUCAACCCUGAGAAGGUCUUCACCUUCUACGACGAGCUCCACUCCUACCUGGCUGCCUCUGGCGUUGACGGCGUCAAAGUGGACGUCCAGAACGUCCUGGAAACAUUAGGUGCCGGCCAUGGCGGCAGAGUAGAGCUCACUCGAAAGUACCACAGGGCCCUGGAAACCUCCAUCGCCCUAAACUUCCCCGACAAUGGCGUCAUCUCUUGCAUGAGCCACAACACCGACGGCUUAUACAGGCAUCCUGCAUUAUCUAUUAUCUCCCGAAUUUUUAUUUUAUUUAAUUAUAUUAUUCGGAUCUUACUUACACGGCUCUUACCCAUUAGUCGUUGACUUUUAUGUGCUGUGUUCAUCAACUGCGUGUCCAGUGCGAAGAGAGCAGCCGUCAUAAGAGCGUCUGAUGACUUCUGGCCGAGAGACGCCGCCUCUCACACGAUUCACAUCGCGUCGGUUGCAUAUAACACCGUUUUCUUGGGGGAGUUCAUGCAGCCCGACUGGGACAUGUUCCACGUACUGACCCUUCAAUAGCCUUCCCCUUGUUCUCUGUUUGCAGAUUUCUUCAAUGUUUCUUCAUCGGUUUUCAGAUUGUAAGAAUUUUUAUUAAUCUUGGUGCCGAUAUUCGUGAUCUGAUCUCUUCCCAGUUUUUUUUUUCCUUCUGCAAGAUUCCAAUAGUUUUACCUUCCAGAUUUAGUUGUUUUUAGUAAUCCCCGCUUUGUUUGCUAGUUUAUCCAAGCAUUAUUCACGCAGUGAUAAAAAUUAAUAGUUUAUGGUUUAGCACUUUUCUUGUUAAAGUUUGUACAAAAAUACAUUUAUUUCAGGUGUCAUAUAAAUUUUACAAGAAGUGAUAGUUAUUGGUUCCAGAUUUAGUCUUUUUAUUAAUGUUGGUAAAAAAAUGAAUAUUAGUAUGUGUAUCAUCAUCAUGUUUCUUCCCUUCGUCAUGCAAAUUUUAUGAGAAUAUAAAAUCAAGUAGUGAUUAUUGUUUCAGACUUAUUAUUUUUUUUUAUUUCAUUCUUUUGCAAUUUUUUUCAAAAUAAUGCACGUAGUUAUAAGUAUUAGAUUCAAGGUUUAAUAUUUAUAUUAAUCACGAAUUUAUUUAACUAAGUUCUCCACAGAUUAUGCACGAAGAUAUUAUUAUUACGUACGAUAUAAAUAUCAUUUUUUCCCAUUUUUGCGAUUCUCUUCAAAAAUUAUGUAAGAAGCCAUAAUUAAUCGCUUCCUUUUGAUUUUUUUAUUAAUAUUUUUUUUGCAAGUUUCCCCAAAAAUUACGUACGAGGAGGUAAUUAUUAGUUCGGAUAUUUCCUGAUUUUUUUUAAUCUUGGUGCCAAUAUGCAUAUUAGUCUUGGUACCAAUAUUUAUCUGGAACAAAACCCGAAAAAUUUAUAGAAAAAAUAUUUUCUGUCCGAAUCCUUAUUCUUCUUUAAGAAAUAUCUUUUUAUUGCUCUUUUCAGAGCCUUCAUCCAAUGGCUGAGUACCAUGCAGCAGCAAGAGCUGUGGGAGGGUGUGCUGUUUAUGUUAGGUAUGAAUAUAUAUAUAUAUAUAUAUAUAUAUAUAUAUAUAUAUCAUCGAUCUCCAUGCUCUUUUAUUGAAAUAAAUCAAUGAUCUUAUCUACCGAUCACUUCGAUCAAAUGCAGUGAUAAACCUGGGAAUCACGACUUCAAUCUUCUGAGGAAGCUCGUUCUUCCCGACGGGUCGAUCUUGAGGGCGAAGCUUCCGGGCAGGCCAACCAGAGACUGCCUUUUCUCAGACCCAGCAAGAGAUGGAACCAGGUACCCGUCAAACCAUAUCAUUAGACGCUUUAUUGCAUGAUUCAUGAUUCUGCGUGCUAAUCCCCCCCUCCUUGUCCGAAAAUUAUCUCAGCCUGCUGAAGAUCUGGAACCUGAACGAUUACUCGGGGGUUAUCGGCGUCUUCAACUGUCAGGGAGCCGGAUGGUGCAGAUUCGACAAGAAGAACUUGAUCCACGACGAAGAUCCCGGCCCAAUCUCCGCCGCCGUCCGUUCGAGGGAUGUCGAACACCUGCAGAAGAUCGCCGGCGAUGCUUGGGAAGGAGACGCGGUGGUCUUCUCUCACUUGGGCGGUAUAUGAUUCUCUCUCCACCAUUAAGCUACGGAUGCCGAUCAGUUUUUCCGAUCAUCUCUUCCACACAGGAGAACUCGUCUACCUCCCGAGAGAGUCGUCCUUGCCCGUAACCCUAAAACCCAGGGAAUACGAGGUCUUCACGGUGGCUCCGGUGACGAGGUUGUCCAAAGGAGCCGCCUUUGCCGCUGUUGGACUGCUGAAGAUGUUCAACUCCGGAGGGGCAGUCAAGGGUUUGAAGUACGGAGGAGCGGCGGUGGAGGUCAACGCCCGAGGAUGCGGGACCUUCGGAUGCUACUCCUCGACCAGGCCGACGAGAGUGACUGUGGAUUCUGCAGAAGUGGAGUUCAUCUACGACGAGGGAAGCGGGCUCCUGACGAUGGAGUUGGAGGUACCUAGGGAGGAGCUGUACCUGUGGAGCAUCAGCGUGGAGUUCUUCUAG